AUCAAGCAAAGUUGUACAGAUUGAGCACGGACUCCCACGCAGACCUGAUAAAUCAUCUUUUUGGUAUUGAAAUGGCAGAACUUAUUUCGGUCAAGAGUGUGGAGGACUUCGGAAAAGAAGUAGACCAAACUGUCAGUGGUCUAUUAGUGGUUCACUUCAGGGCGCAAUGGGCUCCUCAGUGCCAGCAGAUGGAUGAGGUCAUGCUUGAACUGGCCAAGGAACAUCCACAGGUCUGCUUCUCAACGGUUGAGGCUGAAGAACUUCCAGAAAUUUCUAAAGAGUACAGCAUUGCUGCAGUCCCCACAUUCAUUUUAAUCAAGGGAAAGAAAGAAGUAGACAGAUUAGAUGGAGCUAAUGUACCGAAGCUUACCAAGAUGGUCCAACACCAUGCAGACCCUAACGCCAGUCCUGUCAUGUUACCUACAUCAUCACAACCACCUCAAGAGGACCUAAAUGCAAAGUUAAAGAGACUCAUAAAUGCCGCUCCCUGUGUUGCGUUUGUGAAAGGAUCUCAACAGGAGCCAAAAUGUGGCUUUAGCCGGACACUGAUGGGACUAUUUGAUGAACACAAGAUUGACUACAGCACGUUUGAUAUCCUGGGCGAUGAAGAAGUAAGGCAAGGAUUAAAGAAGUAUUCUGAUUGGCCAACAUAUCCUCAGGUGUAUGUAAACGGGGAGCUGAUUGGUGGACUGGAUAUUAUCAAGGAGCUAGCUGCUAGCGGGGAACUUGACCAGACUCUCCCUAAGAAAGCAAACUUGGAAGACAGAUUAAAGGGACUGAUCAAUCGAUCCCCGGUAGUGCUUUUCAUGAAGGGACAUCCUGGUGAACCUCGCUGUGGAUUCAGUAGGACUAUCACUACAAUCCUCACAGACACAGGGAUCAAAUAUGAUACAUUCGACAUCCUCCAAGACCAAGAGGUCAGACAGGGGUUAAAAACGUUUUCUAAUUGGCCAACGUAUCCACAGCUUUAUGUGAACGGUGAGCUAAUUGGAGGAUUGGAUAUUGUUAAGGAAUUGCAAGAGUCAGGAGAAUUGGUGAAUAUAUUACAAGGGUGAAUCAUGUUCUCUUCCUGUUUUGGUAAUUAAAGCCAUCUGUGAAAACUCUGUGGUGGUUCCGCUAUUUCCAUCUUUGUCUGUCUCGUCAUAGCCACCAUAUGUGAAUACCAUCCCAUCAAAAGGAGAAGUUAACAAACAGGUAUUAAGGUUCCAACUUCGGGAAAGUAUUUCAUAAAACCUAUUUUCAAUGUUACAAAAGAUCUUUUGAAUGACUCGAGUGUGGCAAGCCAAGUGUAUUACUCAUGGCUUUUAAUUAUGAUAGCAAUAGUUUUCCAUGUUGACUCAAACAAACAAGCAUACAUUUUGUUGUAAAGUUUACAUUUCAAUCAACAUUAGAUUUCUGUUGGAAGUUUACACUUGAUAGUUCGAUUGUGGUUGUAGCAUAUUAGUUUACAGUUCCUUGUUGUAAGAAGCAGAUCAACAAUUAUUUGCAAGAUAUAAAUUGAUGGUCGAUACCAAGUUUGUUUGUUUUUUUGGCAAAAUCCCAUUAGUGUCUCUCACUAUGCAGUUAUUGUGAAACCAAAAUUUUAUUAUUACAAUUACGAUUGCAAUUACUAACAGGAGAAUGCCUCCUCAGUCACUUCAACAUCAUUUAUUUGCAUACUGUACAAAGAGGAAGUCUGUACCACAAUGCACCAUGGUCUGACGGAUCAAGGAAGGUUUGAGGGUAGGGUGAAAAAUCAACCAUUCCCAAAACAUGAAAUAGUGUGCUCCAAUGAAUAUCAUGAAGAUAAUUGAUAUUCGGUUCCUGGAUACAGAAAAAUAAAUGAUGUACCUUAUACAGGAUUUGACUUGUAUUCUGUCACAGCACUCUUGAUUUGAGCAGGAUUUUUAAAUAGUUUGAAGAAUAUGAUAUGUCCUGUUAAAAUAUGUUAUAUGUUCUUCCAGUUAAUACUUUGAUGUUUUUAGACUUAUUUUAGUGAAUUAAAACAUAUUGUAGAAAAA